AUGCUCGUUCGACGCUUCAAACGCCACCAGUUUGCUGUUAUGGGAUCUUCAGCUCAUCCUCGGCGUCCUCCGUCGAGCGAUAAGGACGCGGUUCGCCAGGCGAAGGAGGCUAACGGGCUUACGGACGAGCAACAUCGGCUAUGGAUUCGUGAUUCAUCACGCCAGUGGACGCCCAAGCCUGAUUCUGACCUACGUACCCUGGUUGCGAUCGAAGAAGAAUCUCUUGCCGCGUGGCUCAUGGGUAGCAUCGUGCUCCCCGGUCCGCCAGGGCUCCUCGUGUGCACGCAUACUCACGUGAUGCGCGUAGUCAUGCUUGAUUUUUUAGGCUACCUCGAAGAAAUUGUGAUUGCCAUUAUUCCUCCUGAGGUACGUAUGCCUCGAUAA